AUGUCUCGCAUAUCUAAUCAUCUCCUGGCUCCGCCUGUAGGUGCAGCCGUAGUGGUCGAUGUACUACUACCCCCACUGCCCCCGUUGCCCUUCAAAACAACAGCCUGGACUACUUGCCCAGCAGCAUUGAACACGAUACCAACGAGCGCAGAUAACGGGUCGUAUUUGUCAUGUUCUGCUCGAAGUACGGCCGCCGCAACCAACUCCAAGCGAGACAUACUCGAUUAUAACCUAGCCUACAAUAUCCUCUACUCUGUCAACGACUAUUCCGGUCAGACACACACUAACCGUAUUCUGGCACAGAGCGGUAGCAUCUAUGAUUCCUUGCUCGACAACAACGGUGACGAGCACAGCCGCCAGGUAGUAGGCUACUAUAGCAGAGAUAUGACAUUUACCGGUCAUAAUCGAACUAUCACCAUUUAUGGAAAAACGGAAUACGAGCUAUCUUAUGAAUACAAACCCUUUCCGGGUCUGGACGCCGUCGCAAAUAUUUAUGUGACGCCUGAGGGAAAGGUGGUGAAGACACAAGUUGUCGCCGAGGCACAAGGAGGAGGCACUAGUACGAUUAGUGAUGAUGAUGCCGAUGAGGAGAAGGAUGCCUGAACAUUGUAUGUGUUUAAUGACCACCUAAUUUAAUACAUUCUUGCAGCUGAAGAUUGACUGAAGAAGUUUCCAUUAUUGAAG